AUGACACUGGAGCGCAUAAUUUCGUCCAAUGAAUACAAUCGCAAGUCGGACGAUUACGACGUUCUACAGGAAUGGCUGGGCAAUGGGAUUUUGCUCGAUCAUGGCAAUAGCUGGUUCACGAACCGGCGUGCCCUCACCGGAGCCUUCCAUUUCAAGAUUCUCGAUAGCUAUGUGCCGGUGUUCGAAGAGCAGGCGAAUGUGUUGGUGCGUAAGUUACUGGCCAGUGCCGGACAACCGGUGGAUAUCUUCCCCAUAGCUAAGCUGUACACACUUGACGUCAUCCUCGAGACAUCGAUGGGAGUGCAGUGUCAAGCGCAGAUUAAGGAUUCGGCAUACGGUCAUGACACUACCUCCAGUGCUAUCACCUUCAUACUUUAUUCCUGUGCCAAGCAUCCAGACAUACAGCAACGAGUGUACGAGGAAAUCAUCGCUGAAAUACCUACAGGAAAGCCAAUCGAUCAGCAAUGCAUCAACAACCUCAAAUAUCUCGAUCUCGUCAUCAAGGAAUCACUACGCAUGUUUCCUCCAGUUCCAUAUUAUUCCCGCUCGAUCGAUAAAGAAGUUACCUUCAACGGUAUCCGAAUGCUAAAGGGCUCAAGCAUUAUUUGCCGGCAGUCGUAA